AUUGCAUAAUUGUCCCAUUGUCAAUGCAAAAUACUCUCUAGCCCUAGACGUUGUGGCGCCCAAAUUCGAAUAGAGGGAUAACAGAAAUAGUAAUCGUAUCUUUAAUACUUAUAUGCUAGAGACUUAUUUUCUCAUUGUACUAUUCAGUAAAAUAAUCCAACACACGAUGACUGUUCUUGAAGAUUCAUUUUUCCUUUUUACUUGCGUCGGUUUUUGGAGACCAAUAAAAUGGAAUGGUUUGAAAGCGAAUCUUUACAAUUUCUACACUGCUUUUGUCGUAAUUACAAAUUGCUCAUUUUUUAUAAGUGGUGUUACCGAUAUCGACUACGCUCAUUUUGACUUUUUUGGUUCAAUGGACUUAAUAACAUUGAUGCUACAAUUUGUCGAAAACACACCGAAGGUUCUUUGUGUUAUAAAUGAUCGUAGUAUUAUUUUAGAAGUACUUCGACAUUUUCAAAGUGAUCCAUUAGAUCCAAAAAAUGAACACGAAAAAUUAAUUCAACGGAAAAUUGAUAAUUUCAACAGGCGUGUCAAUUUAUGGUUUCCCGUAUUAGGGUUCACGUCCAUAAUGUGGUACACAGUUAAUCAUAUUUUAUUAAUGGAGUCACCUACAGUACUGCCUCAUGAUGGAAAAAUACCAUAUAAUUAUUCAAGUAAUAAAAAAAUUUAUUUACUGACUGCCGUAAAUCAAAUUUAUUCUGUAUUUAGUCUUGCAAGUAUAAACGCUGCAUUCAAUACAGUAUUUCCAACUAUGAUGUUUCAAAUUUGUGCGAAACUUAAUAUUCUCGAAUAUCGUUUUAAACUUAUGUUAAAAAAAUUCGAGUGUGAUAAAAAUAAUAAUAGAGAGAAAUUUGGUAAAAAAAAAUUUUAUGAAAUAAGAAGUAAUUUAAUUGGAAAUUGGGUGGAAAAUCAUAUUAAACUUUUAAAUUUAUUUGAUUCUGUUAAUUCGUUAUUUGCAAAAGCUGUUUUUAUUCAUUAUAUUGUUAAUUCAUUUUUAUUGUGUACUAUCGCAUAUAUAUUUUCUCAUACUCCAUUUGGUGGUAUGGCUUCUGUUAGUUAUAUGUUUUAUUUUGUUGUCAAAUGUUCACAACAAUUUUUACAAUGUGCUUCCGCUCAUCGAGUCACAGUCGAGUUUGAGAAUCUUCGCGAUACUAUUUUUGACACCAACUGGUAUACCACCAAGAGAACCGUUCAAAAAUCAAUGAUCAUAAUAAUGUCAAAAACUAUGAUACCAGUGGUUUUUGUUUGCGGAUAUUUCGUCGAUUUAUCUCUAGAUUCAUUCAAAAGUAUAAUGAAGUUGUCAUAUACUAUUUACAAUGUACUCGAAUAGUGAUAUUAAUAAUAACAAUAUUCCUACUUAUCAUUUUGAAAAUUUAUAUAAAUACUCAUUAAUACGGUAGUCAGGGAACCAUUUCAUUACGGUCAUAUUUUUUUUGUGUAGAUAGUAGUUGUUAUAUAAUUAAAAAAAUAAGUAGUACUUUAUUAGUGUAAGUAGAAUUCAUAUCGAUGUAAUUACAAUGAAUAUAAUUUAUAUGCAAGA